AUGUCGCUCAUGCGCCAGAGCGUCGCGAUUCCGCUCCCCUGGCUCGUCUCCGCCUUCGUCGGCACUCUCGGCGGCGUCAUCGUCGGCGGCCUCUGGCUCGGCAAGCGCGUGUCCGAAGAAUGGUACCUGCACGGCGUCGAAGCCGGGCGCGCGGCCGCGAAGUCGGAAAAGAAGGACAAGAAGGAGAAGGAGAAGAAGAAGGACGGAGAAGAGAGCAGCAGCUCGGAGGAGGAAAGCAGCGACUCGGAGGAAGACGAGGAUGAGGCUGCGCCGCAGGAUCUCAACCCGUUCACGGACCGCAACGAGGAAUGCAAGCUUGUGCUGGUCGUGCGGACGGACUUGAAGAUGGGCUCGGGCAAGAUCGCUGCGCAGUGCGGCCAUGCCACCCUCGCUUGUUACAAGGCUUUCCUCCGCCAGGCCCCCGACUCGCCGCUCCUUCGCCGCUGGGAGAGGUACGGACAGAUGAAGGUGGCGCUGAAGUGCACCAGCGAGGAGGACAUGCAGCUGCUCCAGGCGCAGGCGCUGAGCAUGGGUCUCUGCGCGCAGGUCAUCCAUGAUGCUGGCCGCACGCAGAUUGCUGCCGGCAGCGCCACGGUGCUGGGCAUUGGACCUGGCCCCGUCAGCGUUAUCAACCAGGUCACUGGGCACUUGAAGUUACUUUAA